AAACCCUGACAGCUGAAAGAUGUGGAAGUCAGUCGCGGGCCACAAUGUGAGCGUGCAGGUGGCUGCAGAGGGGGACGACUGGGAGACGGACCCUGACUUUGAGAAUGACGUAUCAGAGCAGGAGCAGAGGUGGGGAGCGAAGACCAUCGAGGGUUCAGGACGUAAAGAACACAUCAGUGUUGCAGAGCUCAGAAGCAAAGUCGUUGGGGAGCACGAGCAGGUGAAGCAGAAGGAGCAGAUUCCCAAAGCCUCAUACGGAUACGGAGGGAAGUUUGGAGUCGAAAAGGACCGAAUGGACAAGGUGGCUUUGGGACACGACUAUGUCGCACAAGUUGAGCAGCACUCCUCCCAGAAAGAUGCGGCAAAAGGCUUCGGUGGGAAAUUCGGUGUUCAGAAAGACCGAGUCGACAAGUCUGCUAUGGGCUUUGAAUACAAAGGAGAUGUGCAGCAACAUGCAUCUCAGAAAGAUUACUCAAAGGGAUUUGGAGGAAAAUACGGCGUGGAGAAGGAAAAAGUGGAUACCGCUUUGGGGUACGACUAUAAAGGCCAGACGGAGAAGCACCAGUCACAAAAAGACUACGCUAAGGGCUUUGGAGGGAAGUACGGGGUGGAGAAGGACAAGGUGGACAAAGCUGCUUUGGGGUACGACUAUAAAGGAGAAACAGAGAAACAUCAGUCACAGAAAGAUUAUUCCGCAGGUUUUGGGGGUCGUUAUGGAGUUCAGGAAGACCGCAUGGAUAAGAGUGCCACCGGCUUCUCUGACAUUGAAUCCCCUUCCUCUGCGUAUGAAAAGACACAACCAAUAGAGGCCUGUACUUCAGGUGCAGGAAAACUGAAAGCCCGUUUUGAGAACAUGGCCAAAGCUUCAGAUGAAGAGAACAGGAAGAAAGCAGAAGAAGAGCGAGCGAAAAGACAAGCCAGAGAGAGCAGAGAGCGAGAGGCGGCCAAACGCAGACAAGAGGAGGAGAGCAGAAGAGAGGAGGAAAUCCGUCCACCACCUGUUCCAGAUGUGGCUCCAGAUGAGGAGUAUGAAACGCCACAGACAGAAAUCCAGCAGCACAUGCCAGAGAUACAAGAAACACCGGAACCACAGCCAGAGUGCGACGAGGAACCAGAAUACGAAGAGCCCCCGGCCUUACCUCCACGCGCAGACGAUUUCCUUGAACCGGAAGCUCCUCCGCUCCCCGUCAGAUCAGCAGAUGUGGAUGAAGAUGAAGAUGAAGGAGAGUACGAGGAACUCGCCGAACCGCCGCCAGUUGAUGAGAACGAUUAUGAAGACCUGUCAAGCGGCCAGACGGCAGUAGCAAUUUACGACUACCAAGGAGAGGCCGACGACGAGAUCUCCUUCAACCCGGACGACAUCAUCACCAACAUAGAGAUGAUUGACGAGGGCUGGUGGAAGGGACACUGUCACGGACGAGUCGGUCUUUUCCCGGCCGCUUACGUGCAGCUGCAGUGAGCGAAACACUCAGGGAGGUUUUACACAAGCUUCACUAAAACAACCAUGUUUUUAUGCUGUUCAACGGAGGGCACAGUUCUCCAAAAUCCUUAAAAUGUCUUAGUAUCACUCAUUUAUCUAAAAAUAAGGUCCUAGUUGGUUUCAAAAUGCCUUAAAUCAAUUUUUUAAAAGACUUGAAGGCCGGGAUGCUCCCAGCAGAGGAUCUAGUGUCUGCUAGUUAGCUGUUACUGCACCCUGGAUGGAACAGGAAAAAAAAAAUUAAAUGAAUAUUGGCUUUUUAAUCAUGUUUUUGCAGCAUGGCUUAAACAGGCACAAGGAUUGCAUUCAAUGCUUAUGUAUUUUAUGCAAAAAGUUUUUCAAAAUCUUCACGAUGGGAGGCAGAGUGAGAAACACAAUAUCACCCAGAAAACUCGCCAACAAACGUCAGGUGUUUCCAAGUUCUGUCCUCCUUUGUCUCCGCUAUGUAUACUGUAAUUAUGUAAUGAUAAAAAUUGGGGCAAAAUUGUCCCGAAACCUUAGUAAAUGACAUUUAAAAAGACUUAAAUCUUGCCUUAAGCCUUUGAAAUCCAUCGAGGGAAUUAAUUUUAGCACUGUAUUUAUAGAAUAAAUCAGAGGAAAUGUGUGCCUAAAUGGCUCCUGAUCAGCUAACUUCCAUAGUUUCAUCUUAGUUAAUGUCUGUGGCAGUGAGUAUCUGACAGUAUGACCACAUCAGUGGAGAGCAGGUAGGUCUUUUAUCUGCAAUGAACUGAGUGGAGUUAAUAAAAUAUUCUACAGGCAGGCUUUUUUUGUGUUUUUAAGACAACUUUUAUUGGUCCAUUUUUCAAAAGUGACACUUCACAGUAAUGUCAGGGCUGUUGUUUAUCAUAUUUUCUCUGGAAAUGUAUAUUAUUGUAUUAUGAUCUAUUGUGUUAUUCUUAACAUAAUUCUGCUCCCCAAAUUAAUGAUUCAAAGUGAGGUUAAAAUGGGUAAAAAUAAUCAAUUAAUGAAGAUGUUUUACAACUUAAGUGUUUUUAUGUAAAACCCAGUUCUUUUAUUUGUUUCUGCAUACAUCCUUUGGUUAUGUGCAGAGAUAUCUGAAAAAAUAUUCCAAUUUAUUCGGCGAAUCUAACAAAAGAGAUAGCAAAAAGUGAGGGGGGAAAAUGAGGAAUGACAUGCAUCAAAUGUUCCAAGUGUGACUCAAACUGGUGUUAUUGCUGUCUGUGAUCGGCGGAUGAACCCCUGAA